UGAUAUCCCUCAGAACUGGUUCGACAAUCAUUUAUACUACAACAUUUGUCUUAGGAGCCUUGAAAACUCCUAACAUCAAAGACAACAUCAGGGAGGAAAGGGAUGCGCUGAGAAAUCAGCAGAAGAACGACGUGGAGGCGCUGAACCGAGAGCGUGAAGAAUUCAUGAAUAAAAUGGUGGAGGAGCAUUCAGAGUGGCUUAGCAAGAUACAGCGCGAACGUGCUGACUUCUUGUUGGGUAUUGAGACACAGAAAAAAGAGUUGGAGUAUUGCAUUGAGAACAGACGAGAAGACUUGGAGAAUUCUUCGAGGGAGAGAGAGAAGGCUUUUGAGCAAGAGAAGAAGUUGGAAGAGGAGCGUAUACAGUUCCUCAGGGAGUCGGUGCAGAAAGAGUUAGAAAAUGUACAAGUGGAACUAAAGAGGUUGGAUUUAGAGAAGCUGGAGAUCAAAUUGGACCGUGAGAGGAGGGAGAGGGAGUGGUCUGAGUUGAAGGAUUCGGUUGAGGAGCUAAAGGUUCAACGAAAGAAACUAGAGACGCAAAGGCAUAUGCUUCGAUCCGAAAGAGAAGAAAUCAGACAUGAGGUUGAAGAGCUGAAGAAGUUGGAGAAUCUGAAAUUUACGUUAGAUGAUAUGUCAAUAGCUAGAAUGCAAUUGUCCAAUUUAGAGCGUAGCUGGGAAAAAGUGUCUGCAUUGAAGCAGAAGGUUGUUAUUACUAGGGACGAAGAACUAGACUUGCAAAAUGGAGUCAGCACUGUGAGUAAUAGCGAAGAUGGUUAUAACUCAAACAAUGGCUCAAGCCCUUCAUCCGCCACUCCAUUUUCAUGGAUAAAACAAUACACUAAUAUGAUAUUCAAGAAUCCUCCGGAGUCAUCCCUUCCAAUGCAUCAUCAUGAAGGAGCAUUGCCUUCAAAAAAAAGAGAAGAAAAGGCUUCACCAAGGGGCUGUCGAUUGCAGUUGAAAACCUUGAAGUCGGAAGGAAAGGAAGAUGUAACAAUGCAUCUGGAAGUGACACUAAUGAAACAAGCAAUCAAAAGAAGAGGAAACAUGAUGUUACCCAUGAAGCUGAUCCGGAGAGUGUAAUUUCAAGCCCUCAAAAUGUGCCCGAGGACAAACAUGAACUGCCAUCAAACCAAACCCAAGCACCACCAAGUGUUAUGGUAGUCCUCAGUGAAAUGGUGAAGAUCACAAAAGUAACGUAUGAGACAGAGUUCAUCAACAAAGUGUCAAACAUUGAGUGCUCAGAUGAUCCUUCUGAAGCAGGAACGAAGAUGGUAGAGGAGAAGAAGCAAGAUAGUGAUUGCAAUGAGACUGGGAUAAAGGAGAAGGAUUCUGACGAUGGUGGCAUUGUAACAUGAGUUAACUGACAGGAGGUAUAAGCAUAUAAGGUUUGACCAAGUCUUCACUAAUGACCUCCCACAUUUGAAAGAGUAUCAAAAUUCACAAACAAGAGUUAUUGUUUCUCUUUUAUCGAUAUAGGGAACUCUAUGAAUCCUUAAGGGUUUGUUUCUGGAUAAGAUUUGAGUAUGUAAAUGGAUUUGAUUGGUUUCAAAACUCUCUCGAGAUGUUAUAUAACUCUGAGUCAUUAUUAUUUGUUUUUUUUUUUCAUAUUUUAAGUGAGUAGAGAGAGUGUUGGUAUGUAGGUAAGAAUCGUUGGUUGCUUGUGUGUUGCAGAGUUUGCCUGAGCAAAUGAUUUGUCGGUUUCAAAGACUCGGUUUGAAAAUCAGUUUCGGGUUUUUAUUUGUUU